AUGUACGACACCCCCUCUCCCACAUCACCAAAUGGGUUCAAUGGCUCCUAUGGGGCCAUUGAUGGUGGCUUCAGCAAUGAGGCCUUUGUGACCUUCACUGGAGGUAUCGGAGAGUGCAUUCCCCUUGAGAAGUCAAAAGCAUCUCCAGACUUCUUCAAAAUUAUAAAAACAGCGGUGGACAGAGGGUCCUUGAUAGGGACAAGCACCACAAGUGAUGAGGGCGAGGCACAUGGACUGAUGAAAGGGCAUGCAUAUUCUGUAACAGGAAUUGACGAGGUGAAUUAUAAGGGUGAGAGGAAAGAAUUGUUGCAGCUGAGAAACCCGUGGGGCAAGUCUGAGUGGACAGGCAGAUGGAGUGAUGAGUCACUUCUGUGGUUAGAUCUGGACCCAGGACUCCAGAAAACUCUGCAGGUGAAAAAGGAUGAUGGAGAGUUCUGGAUGGAAAUGAAUGAUUUUGUGAAGUAUUUUGAUGACCUGCAAAUCUGCAGCCUGUCUCCGGAUUCACUGUUCAGUGACAAAACAGCAAGUUGGAAAGUUACUGCCUUCCAUGGACGCUGGAUCAGUGGUUAUAAUGCUGGAGGCUAUGACAAAAAGAGAGAAAAUACGUUCAAAAACCCCCAGUUCCAUGUUAGGCUGCGGGAAGCAGAUGAAUAUGACCUGAAGGAGCAGCACCCAGACCCCAAAUGCACCUUGCUUGUCUCCCUGAUACAGAAGGACCGACGCAGAGGAGGGAAAAUACACUUGCCUAUUGGUUUUCAGAUCUACAAGAUCCCCACAGAGUAUCUGGAGCUGAAGCACAUGUCCCAGAGGAGGAAGAUGCUUGCCUCUUUUCACUACGUAGAUGGGUCUGACUAUUUUGAAGAAGAGGUAAAUACAAAGCGAUUCGAACUCCCCCCUGGAGAUACCUCAUCGUUCCCAGCACCUAUUCUCCGAAUCAAGAAUCUGAGUUCAUCCUUCGGGUUUUCACGGAGAAGACGCAUGCCUUCCAUAAGUUAUUUUAACACCUGCCGCUUCACUGUUGCUGUCUCUGCUCAUGAAAUUGACGAUGAAAUCUGCGCAGAUCUGAAAACUCUUGGGAUGGGCACCAGUGUGGAAAUUGGGGAGGAAGUGGAGAACAUCUUUCUGCAGUUUGCAGGACAGGACCAGGAAAUUGGUUUUGUCGAGCUCAAAAAGAUACUGGCUGUGACCUUGGCAAGAGAAGCUGGUUCAAAACCAGAGAGAUUCCAGCUGGAGACCUGUCGGCAAAUGAUCCGUCUCUUUGACUACAGCAAGAACGGCCGGUUGUCCCUGGAGGAGUUCAAGACGCUCUGGGAGAGGCUGAGGGAAUGGAAGGCCAUCUUUACCGAGCAUGACAGAGACAAGUCCGGGAACAUGGAUGCCUACGAAAUGUGCCUGGCCCUGGCCACUGCAGGGUUCCACUUGAACAAUCAGUUCUGCGAGAUCAUCACCAACCAAUACCGCAACCGUGGGCUGUGCAUUGACCUCAACAGCUUCCUGUCCUGCCUGGCGCACCUGACCUGGAUUUUCAGGCAGUGCAAGACCCGUGACCGAGACAGCACGGGGAUCGUCAUCAUGGCCCAUAAGGAGUGGCUGGAACUCAUCACUGCCACUUAAUGGGAGGAAGCCGCAUCGUCCCCAGAGUGUAGCCUAAAGAACUAUCCUGCUUGCUUGCAUAUCUAUCUAUCUAUCUAUCUUUUCUUAUAGUUUAAGUAUUUAGUUUACUGUAAUAGGUUUAUAGAUUUAUAUUAAAGUAAGUUUGGCUGUAAUGCAAGAGACCUACAGGCCAUAUCCUGUAUGUUAAGCUAAAGCAAAGUGAGCCUAUCUAUAUUAAGAACUUUUACUCAGAAAGCAAAGUUGACCUAUAGCUUGUUAUCUAAAUAGCUGAGUACCCACGCCUAUGUCCAUGACCUUUUAUUUAGACCAAUAGAAAUGGAGAAUGGCAUAGGGGGGGUUUCAGUGUGGUACCCACAGAUUUAACAAGUACACCACAAGAGACUGAUGUGCGUACGUACCUGUCAUCAAUACACACAUACAUACUAGCCUACGGGGUACGUGUACCCUAACAUUUCUGUGGGUGAGGAAUGAAAUUUGGGCAUAAGAGGAAGGAUUUCCGGCAUUUGCCCUAUAAAAGAGGUAACCCACCUCAGUAGAGUACUCCAGUUCUUACUUUACUCCAUCUCUAUUCUCAUGUACUUCCUCCACUUUAAGUUUCAAAGGAACUAGGCUAAGGUCGGUUUCCCUAAGUUUUAUUCUUAGUUUGUUUAUUAGGUUUUGAUUUAAGUUUAAGUUAGUCAAGUAAACCCUAGUCAGCUUUGAUAGCGCUUAGCAUUUUCUAAGCACUGCCUCCCUCACUUGAGAAACCUGAACCGCAAGGCUGGUCCCGUGUCUCUUACCACCAGGUUAUCAAGGAAGGGUGUGAGUAUAUUAACCAAAGCUUUGUUGCAUAUACUACUAUA